AUGCUGCCUCACCUCAUCCCCUACCUCCUCCUCACGGUGAUUCAUCUGUUCUCAGGUGUAAACGCUGCCACAAUCGGUACCUUCCCCGAAUUCAAUGGCAACAAUCUCGGCUCAACCAAGAACGUUGUCAAGCGUGAUCCCGAACCGGAGCCCGGCAGAGACUCCAAGUACGAUUUUGACAUCGACGACGAUGGCGACGUUGACGAGUAUGACCUCAAGCAACUAAGCCCCCAAGAACUCGAAGAGGCAUUCAGGCUCAUGAGCGAAAUCCCGGAUAAUGUGCUUGAACAGGGCUCCGAUGCGACGGAGAAGUGGUUGAAGAAACAUAAGGGCCACUCGAAAGCGAUUACCGCCCGUUGGUGGGGUGAUGUAUGGAGUGUCACCAAGUGCGCUGGUGCUAUUGCCUACUUUAUCGUUGAGAACUACGCCGUCAUAGCUAAGCUGGGCAAGUUGAGGAAACUAAAGAAGCUCAAGGAGACCAUUGACGAGGUUGGUGGUUACAAGAACGCUGCGAAGCUACUGCUUAGCCGCGGAAAGGGAAGCCGGAAGAAGAAGAACUAUUACAAGAAGCUGCAGAAACUUGCGGCGGAAAUCAUUGGCUUGGCCAUCAUUGAUUCCUAUUGUACCUAA